AUGAUUGGCUAUUUAAAAAAAGAAAAACUAAUUGAACCUGGAUGUAUGUAACUUUUUUUAUAAAAUUAAGCUGAUAAGGUUAUAGUUUCAGGGAAGAUUGAGAGAAAAAUAUUCGAGAACAUUGAAAUGGAGCCUCAGGAAAAAGAGUAGCUUAAAAAUUUAAAGUUAGCCCUGGUUAACUUUGCACCAUUGAGAUUACCCAGAGAAUGGUAAGAUAGUGAUUACUUAAGAAUCCUAGCUUAUUGCGAUUAUGAGAUUUCCAGCACCAUUCAAGCUUUGAAUGAACACCUUAGUUGGAGAAACAAGAUCAAUUUAUCACAUAAUCCAAAUGAUGUUGUGUUAAAUGGGGCAGUUUACAUACAUGGACAUGACAAGAGUUUUAGACCAAUCAUCGUAAUAAACUUACUUAAAGCUCUGAAAUACAAACUUUAAGAUUUUAGAAAUGGUUUUGAUUAUUUAUUCAAUAUGCUAAUUAGAGAUGUUUUAAUAUCUUAUUAUGUUGAGUCAAUAAUAAUUUUGAUAGAUAUGGGAAAUCUUAUGCAAUUGUCGCAUCUUUUAACAAAUGAAUUGAUGGAUUUUGUGAAGAGUUGUGAAUAUAAUUAUUAUGGAAGAAUUCAUAAGAUAUAUAUCAUUGAAGAAAUUUAUAAUUGCUUGUUUAAUAGAUUAAUCUAAAUCUUAAAACCUGAAUCACAAGAUAAAAUAAUCUUUCUUUAAAAAAAAGAUCUCUAUCAACUAACCAAUUAAAUAGAACAAAAUCAGUUAGAAACUAAAUUUUUGGGUUUUUAAAAUGAAGUUUAAACUAAUUUUUGGCCUCCAAAAAAUCUUUCACCAGAGAAAAUUGUGAAAAAAGAUAGAAAAGAUGAAGUCAAGACAAUUAUAAGUAAUACAGAUGAAAAUGGCUCUAAAUCCUAAAGGAUCAUCUAAAGAAAUCGAAAUGAAAGUAGUCAAAGUAGUUAACUUUUUCUCUAAGUUUACAAUGAGGAACAAGAAGUUGUUUUUUAGUUGAAAAUUUGAUUAUUUCUUAAAUUUUUAAUUAGAUUUA